AUGAUUAUUAUUAUUAUUAAGAGACAGACAGUAGACGACCAGUAUAGCGCCUUCAACAGUAUAGAGCUGGUGAAGAAGCGACCUGCUCACCUGAUGGUCUUCCUUCAACAUGUUAUGCUGCAGUUCGACUGCUCCCCUGUGCUGUGUUACCUACAUGCUGACCUCUGUAAGAGUCUGAGCCCGAAAGAGAUGAAGAAGCACUUUGUGGAGUUGUGCAACACCUACCUGGACAAAGUAGCAGUUCUGAAAAUUCAAAUUCCUGUGCAUAUAGCCUAUGAACUGGGUGAGCACAAGAGGAUGAUGGGAAUGACUGCCAAUGAGCGGGAGCUGUCAGACGUUGAGGCCUUCCCUACACAGGAUCGUAUCGCACUGGAGAUUAAGGAGCGGAAUGUGGCCGAGCAGCUGCUGGACAAACUGGCCGAUAUUCAUCCAACGAUUUGCCCCGAUGAAGAGAGAUGCACGGCCAUGUUUACUGCUGUUGUCUCCUACAUGAAGCACCUGGGUGUCAGGACCAAGUCCUCCGACAGCAAGAAAUCCCGACUCUUCUUCAAGAAGAAGCCGAAGAAGCCUGACGAGCCCUCCUCGAAGCACAAGAUCCUGUCCAACCUCCUGAGGGAGACGUCGAGCUGGAUCGGGGGAGGCAAUGUUGAAAGCAGACCGUCUAAAACGGACAGUGAAGGCGACAAGACGUCCCACAAGUCUAACGGCCGACCCUCUGCUGACCCCCCCACCUCUUCCACCCGGAAACCUGGGAGCUGCAGCCUGACUGUGGUGCCCGAUACAAGCGAGGGGUCACAGGUCACCAUCAGCGUGACCAACAGUCCAGACUCCACCCACAGCGACACCGCUGCCUCCAGUGGACGCUCUGACUCCCAGUCUCUCAGCGACAGUGCAGACCAGUCCCCAGGGGCGAGGGGGGGCUCUUGUGCUCCAGAUGCACCCCCUCCCUGCGACACCCCGUCUGAGGAGAGUGCUGAAACAGAGAAGAAGAAACCAAGGUGGGUGUCUUCUGGUGACUGUGGACGGCUGUUGAUCCCUGGGGCCUGGCACAUACUGACACUCACCUACUCUCUCCGUCUCUCUCGCCACCUCUUUGUCUUCUUCUGCUCCAUAUUCUGUUUACAUUCUCCUCUAUCCUUCCCCUCAAUCUUCACCUCCUUCCCCCACCCUUCAUUCCGCCAUAUCCCUCUCUCCCUCUGUUUCUUUCCCCAUCUCUCCACCUCCCCCCCCGUCCCUUCUCCACUCUCUCUCUUUCUCAUCCCAUCCUCUCUCUCCUCUCUUUCUCAUGCUGUGCCUCUCCUCCUCCGUCUGUCUCCCUCCCUCUCUCCGCCCCUCUCCUGCAGGGUGGGAGGAAUAAAGCUGGGCCGCAGCGAGAGCCUGUGUGUGGAGCGCCGCCGGUCCCAUCGCGGCUCGUCUCGGGCGAAGCAGAAUCGCUCCCGCAGCGACGUGGACCUGCAGACGGCCGGCACGGCCACCGGCCCCCCUUCUCCGGCCACCAGCCACCCCCCUAACCACAGACAUGCAGCCUCCUCGGACAGCGUUGCGGUGCAAGCAGACCAGCCCCAGCCGGGCCCUGUCAGCGCGCCAGCGGAGGAGUGCGAGCCCCGCACAGCCGAGCUGGAGCAGGACCCCCCCAACUGGAGAGAGUGCAUCCCGCCGGAGACAUCGAGGACCCUGAACAAGAGGGAGACCAAGAGGCAGGAGGUCAUCAAUGAGCUGUUCCUGACGGAGCACGCCCACGUCCGGAUGCUGACCGUGCUGCAGAACGUCUUCGCCCGGCCCAUGGAGCGCGAGUCCAUCAUGACCUCGACGGAGCUGGAGGCCAUCUUCCCCAACCUGGAAGAGAUCAUCGAGAUGCACUAUUCCUUCUAUGAGAGCCUGAAGAGGCUGCGGCAGGAGAGCAGCUUCAUCGUCAAGGCCAUAGGGCAGACCCUGCUGAGCCGGUUCAGUGGAGCUGAGGGGGAGUGGUUCCAGAAGCUCUCGGCCCGGUUCUGCAGUCAUCAGUCUUACGCGCUGGACUUCAUUAAGGGCCGGCAGAAGAAGGACCCCAAGUUCAACACUUUCAUACAGGAGGCAGAGAGUAAACCACAGUGUCGACGUCUCCAGCUGAAGGACAUCAUCCCCAUUGAGAUGCAGAGACUGACUAAGUAUCCCCUGCUGCUGGAGAACAUUGCCAAGAGCACUGGUCAGUCUGCGUCUCUCCCAGGGCAGUGUUCAUGUACUGGAGUGUCCAGUCAGUGUGUCUGUAUUAACCCCUCUCUCUCUCAGUGCAGUGUUCCAGAUGUCCAGGCGCUGCUUCUCACUGAUAUCCUGGUGCUGCUGCAGAAGCAGGAUGACAAGAUGGUCCUGAAAUGUCAGAGCAAGAGCACCACUGGAGUCCAGGAGGGGAAGCAGAUGCUCAGUCCCAUCAUCAAACUGGGCUCUGUCUUCCUCAGGGAUGUGGCUACUGACCGCAAGGCCUUCUACGUUAUCUUCACCUGGGACAGUGGGGCUCAGAUCUACGAGCUGGUGGCCCAGACCGUGUCGGAGAUGAAGAACUGGACAGAGCUGAUUACAUCUGCAGCUGCUGAUCAGAAGCAGGCAGCUGUGGCCGCCCCUGUGGAGAGGAAGAGAUUCGGGAGUUACGUGCCCCCUGGAAACAUCCCACAGAGCCCCACCCUCCAUAUCCCGUCUCCCCUCAGCCCCACGGACAACGGAGCGAUCUCACUGAAGGAUGCGCACCUGAGCAGCACCGACAGAGACAAGGACAGCCUGCUGGACGGGAGGGGCGGGGCCUCGUGGGCAUCUCUUCUCGCAGCCAAUGGCAUUGAUCCCAUCACUCUAGGACAAGCCUCCGAGGAGAAGUUAGCCAAUGGGGCUCUGGAUGAAGUUCACUCUCUUAAGCGGAUGCUUGUGCGUAGCAUCAGCCUGUCAGAAGAGCCCCAGUCAGAAAUCUCACCUGUGUCUGAGAAUCCCCCCAGUCUUGGGCCAGAGGGGGAGGAGCCUAGUGACCAGAGUGGAGGGGCAGGAGAUGAGCGUCGUGACACUGACAGCCGCCAGUCUCCAGGUGUGUUCCUGGUCACUGAGCAAACACACUGUAUCAAGGUGUCAGUGGCUCAGCCAGGGAGUGAUUCCAGUUGUCUGUGCUCAGAAGAGGGCGCCGCCGCGGAGGGACGAGCAGAGCGGGCAGGCGAGGACGACAGCGGGCCGGGUCAGGAGGAGUGUGGCAUCAGUGCCCCGCUGCUCCUGUCACAUGAUCAGGUGACCACGGUGGAGCGCAGCUUGAAGUUAUUGGAGGAAAAGCUGCGACAGCUGCAGGGUCUGGAGGAGGAGUAUUACAAGCUGCACAAGUGUCUGUCCAAAGCCUUUUUCUCACAGCAGAGUCUCUCCUAGACCACAGUGCCCCCUGCUGGACCCAAAGAUCACUGUUGUUGCUGGACUGUCUGAUGGGGAUUUACGGUUGGGGAUGGAUUAGUGAUGUCUGGACUCCGCUGGCUAGUUUAUGUCCCUCUACUCAUCCUUUCUGGGUAGACUUUUCAAUAUUCUGCUUCUCUGCCUGGCCUCCCACUCUGUGAAGAUUGAGAGUGGCCAGAGCCAGUCAAACCCAGGGCUUUGCUGUGAGGGGGAGGGGGGGGAGGGGCGGGGCAUUCACAGGGGUUGGUACAAGACGAGUCCUGUGACCAAUAAAGAGAAAGUGCUGUGUGCGAGUGGGCGUGUCCACUGCGGUGGCAGGAAAUGCUUAUUACAUUAUCAUUGGGAAGGGUUUUCUGGAUCGGGAGACCAGGGAUCAUAGGCGUUCUCGCAUGUUAAUUGGGUUAAUGCCAACACGCAUGGAGGAUUAAGGAUUUUUGUGAAAUCUUCUGCUGAAACCGGUGAAAAACAGUACAAUCUAUCUGUAUUUCUGUUCUGUGUAUGGAAUGCAGAACGAUGUGUUUUAGAGUUUUAACAUGUUUAGCUAGUUCAUGUCAGCCCUUACCACAUGUAAGGCAAGUUUUUACUUCACAUGUCUCCCUUGAUUGUAUCUUAUGAGACAAUCAUAAUAUAUAACAGACCUUUCAGCACCACAGACUCUUCUUCCCACUCUUUCCUGGUUCAAAUGCUGGAACAGUGAGAUAAUAGAAUAGUGGACAUUUUAUAGAUAAUGAAAUAUCCAUUUCCUGCACUAGUCUGGAGCAGAGAGCUUUAAAGGAGCCCCAGUCUCACUGUGCCCUGUGUCAGUGUUACAGGUAGAGACACAGCCCUUAUAGAGUCAGGAUACUCAUCUCCCUGCAGUCUGGAGCAGAGAGCUUUAAAGGAGCCCCAGUCUCACUGUGAUCUGUGCCAGAGAUACAGAUAAGACUUAAAGUCAGGCUGUUUCCAAAAUCUAACAUGGCCAAAACAAACUCACCUUGUAAUGUUUUCUGCAUGAGAUUUGGGAACCUUUCUGAGGGACUAGAGUCAGUGAUGGACCUCUAUAUAUAAUGGGAAAUAUUAUUUUUUAAAAUCAGCCAAAAACAGUUUUUUUUUCUUCAAUGGUAGUGUUGUUUUAUUUAUUCCAGUUUCCUUUUUGGUGUGUGAUGGCAGCCUGUGUUGCUAUCUGAGGAGUCUGAGUGCCAGUACUGGGGGGCGUGUCCGUAUGGGGGGGGGCGUGGCACCCCGUGAUGCAUGGGGCUCUUUGUCAAGGGAGGGGGAGGAGCCUCAGGCCUGGCCUGCGGUCACCAUGGUUAUUAUUGCUGAUGUUGGCUGCCGUGUCAGCGUGGCUGCAGGACAGGGGCAGCGCUUGUAGCUGGAGUUGGAGGGGACGGGUGAGAGAGGGUGUGAGCUGGAGGUAGCAGAGGAGUGAGAGGACAGUGGAUAGGAAGAUCAGACAAGGGAUAGAGCCGGCUGGCUGGAGGGGUACAGACAGAGGAAUGGAGACUAGCAGUGAGAAGGAUGUGGUAGCUCUGCAGGUGGCCUGUUGCUCCUCUUGACUCUCCCUGGACCUGGAGCCCUCACGCUGCAGACGAGCUGACGCACACCGAGGGCCUGACUGCGGUAUCGACCGGUCUGACUGCACUCGCUGUGUCACAGGACUGGACUGCUGUCCUGUCUCGCUGUGUGACGGGGCCUGACUGCGGAACCGUCCCGUCGUGCUGUGUGUGCUGUGUCACGGGGCCUGACUGCGGUACCGUCCCGUCAUGCUGUGUGUGCUGUGUCACAGGGCCUGACUGCGGUACCGUCCCGUCGUGC